AUGGUUUCCAGCAGAGGAUGUUUUUUGAUGUUCCUGCAUAGUUUAUUAUGUAUAUCAUCUGUUAGUUUGCCAGAUACAGCUUAUCCACCAAUUGAAAAUCAUGAUUGCAGUUGUUUUGGUACAAAUCUUGGACGGGUGGACACGUCGGUUUCUUCGACUCCAAAGCUAGAAGCAUUAACUUAUGUGAUUGUCAUUUUGAUUCUGCUCAAUAUAAUAGUUUAUAUGUUGAGGGAACUUCGUGAAACAAGCGUCGGGGAGGAUAAGAAACCACCAUCUUUGUCAACCGAAAAUGUGUGUCGUAGGUUUUUGCUUUCUGAGAUGCAAUCAGCAACAAACGGUUUUGAUCAGUCUAUGAUCAUUGGAAAAGGUGGUUUUGGUAAGGUAUAUAGAGGUGUCUUUGAUAAUGGUGCAACAACAGUGGCAAUCAAACGGUUAGAUUCAAGAUCUAAACAAGGAGCAAUUGAAUUUUGGACGGAGAUCAAGAUGCUUUCAAGGUUUAGACACAGCAAUCUGGUGUCUCUUAUUGGAUACUGUGACGAGUUUGAUGAGAUGAUGCUUGUGUACGAGUAUAUAUCUGGUGGAAAUCUAGCAGAACGCCUGCAUAAAGUCAAAGGGUCAAGCCAAAAGUCUCAUCUUUCGUUGGUAGAUCGCCUCAAGAGUUGCAUAGGGGCUGCACGUGCAUUAGACUACCUUCACACUGGGACAGGUGUCCGCCAUCGUAUCAUACACAGGGAUGUCAAAAGCUCGAAUAUACUCUUGGAUGGGAAUAUCACAGCUAAGGUAUCUGAUUUUGGAUUGUCGAAAAUCAGUCAGAUGGACCAGGGGUGCACCCAUGUGAGCACAGAUGUUAAAGGAUCAUUCGGGUAUUUUGAUCCAAGCUAUUUCUUGACCCGAAGAUUAACAAGAAAAUCAGAUGUUUACUCGUUUGGGGUUGUAUUAUUGGAAGUGUUAUGUGGGAGGCCUGCUGUUGAUCCAAGUCAUGGAGACAAUGAUCUUGGUCUAGUUGGUUGGGCCCAGCAAUUCACCAAACAAGGAAAGUUGAACCAUAUAAUUGAUCCUAGUUUGCUGUGGCUAACCCCCUGUUCAAGGGUAAAGGCUCAAAUCAUGCCUGAUUGCUUAAAAGCAUUUGUGGAACUUGCUGAUAAAUGCUUGCAGACUCGACCCAAAGACCGACCGACUAUGGGUGAGGUGGUAGUAGCACUUGAGGCUGCAUUAGCAUUGCAAGAGAGAGGCGAUUCUUUGGUAGUCUCCAGUCCAAAUUCUUAUAUCAAGUCUGGAAAGAUAAUGACAUUAUCAAGAAUGCUUCGAAACAUGUUGCUUGUCAAAAGCCCCAUUAGACCUGUGAUCGGGGAUCUAGAACCUUUGGGAAAAAAGAAAAGACAGAAUAAAUGGUAUCUUCCCUAUAAAUUUUCUAACAAGGAAGAUUUAGUGACUGAAAGUGGAGAUCGUUACCAAGAACUUAAAGUUGCAGUUUCUGGUUUGAAAAUAUUCAGUUUAGAUGCACUUAAAAUGGCCACUAGGAACUUUAGUGAUGAUAGGGUUGUGGGUGAGGGAGCUUUUGGAAAAGUUUAUAAAGGUUGGGUUGAACAAGAAACAUAUGCUCCCUCAAAAAUUGGCUCUGGUAUUCCUGUUGCUGUGAAAAAGCUUGAUACUGAUGGUUAUCAAGGAUUUGAAGAAUGGGAGACGGAGGUGAAACUUUCAGGCGAAUUGAAUCAUCCGAAUAUAACCAAAUUAUUAGGAUACUGCGCAGAAGAAAUGGAACUACUCCUGGUCUACGAGUUUUUGCAUAGGGGGAGCCUAGAGAAUUAUAUACUGAAACGUAAGUAUACAUCUCGCUCUUUGGUCUGCAUAAUAUAUAUUGGAACACUUUCUUGGUCAAGACGGGUGAAAAUAAUGCUAGGAACAGCUAAAGGCAUUGCCUAUCUGCAUUCUAGAGAGAAUCAAAUCAUAAUCCGUGAUCUGAAGACUUCUAACAUACUGCUUGAUGAGGAUUUCAAUGCAAGAAUCGCGGAUUUUGGGCUGGCAACACAUGGUCCGAUAAAUGGAGAGACACAUCUAAUAACACAGGUAAUGGGCACAUACGGCUAUGCAGCUCCAGAGUAUGUGGCAACAGGUUAUUUAAAUGGAAAGAAUGACAUAUACGCUUUUGGAGUGGUGUUACUGGAAACACUUACGGGCCUACGGGUUUUUGACAAAACGCGGCCAAAAAAUGAGCAAGAUCUUGUGCAAUGGGCGAGGCCGAUGCUGCCCAAGAAAAAGAAGCUAAUGAAUAUAAUAGACCCCAGUCUUGGUGAUGACUACCCACCAGAAGCUAUAUGUCAGUAUGCUAAACUUGUUCUAAAGUGUACUCAUGCUGAACUGAAAGAUAGACCGUCCAUUGAACAAGUGUUGAAGAGAUGUGGUGAUGAUGAUGACGAAGAUCCAGAUCCAACACUCAACUUACUAAAGUUUCAGAUGAAAGAAACAGGUUCAUUGAUGGAUCUACGAGGAAGAAAAAGGUCACCGAUUGUGUGGGACAGAUUUGAUGAGAAACAAGUGAAGAUUUGUUCUAAGAACAUAGUUUAUUCCACUAGCUCUGUUGUUAGUCGGUUUUUGUCUCCUAAAAUCGGUUUGGUUGCUAGUAAAAGUGAGUGUCGAAUUUCUUCUGUUGAGUCUGUUGUUUCUAAUGUUUCAGAUGAUGUGGAAUCACCAAGGUUGUUGGCUGCAAAUUCUCUCGAAGAUGGAGAGUAUGUUGAAGAUGGAGAAUAUGUUGCGGCUCCGAACUUAUCGAAAUCAAAGUGGGCAUUUUAA